CGGCCAUUUUUUCUCUGCGAAUUGGAUAAUACCGUGUCACUCUAGACGUAACGUAAAAUACACAUCGGACAAUUCGGCGAUGGAACUAGACCCGUAGUGCAAACGGUAAAUCUAGAUACAGUUCAUCGCGGUUCGCGAUAUACUUACUUCAAAACGUUGACUGUAGGUGGGCGGCAAAAUGAAGGGAAAGAUUACCUACUGGCUGUUAUCCGUGGUGAUUUUCAUGAAGAUUUUUACAACACUCGACGCCACUGGCAAGAUUGCUGUACGCUUAACUUCGUUCAAAAAUGAAAACUAUUUCGACUUUAACGGUUAUUGUUGCGAAAGUACCAGGUGGAUGACUUCGUGUACCCAGUCAUGUGAUAGUGCAUUUAAAUUGUGCUUUGACACCGCUCUGGGAUUUGAUACACUCAGCUAUUGUGCGUAUGGAUCCGUUGGUUAUAUAGGGAAUAUACCAGACAGAUAUAUCACCUUCCGUGACCAUUCCUUAUUUUCGAAACCUUUUAAAGCCAGUUUCACGACAUGGCCGGUGAGUACAUAA